AUGUGGUUCAAAAUAUUAUUAAUUUUAUCUCUAAUUUGUGUCUCCAUAUCUUAUUCGAAUGGAAAAAGUCACAAAUGUAAAGAGCUCGAAGAAUGUGUGAAAGGAGAAAAUGAUAUCAGCUGUUUAAAAAGGUACAAACGACAUUGUACAGGAUCUUCAAAUUCUUGUAGCGAUUGCGAUUGCGAUUAUUGUUCGACGAAUACUUGCUCAUCAACUUGCAAUACUUGUUGCGCAAAUUUCAAUCAACAGUGUUCGAGUACUUAUUGUUGCUAUAAAACAUGUCAUGCGCAAUGCGCUUCGCAGUCGUGCAGAAAAAGCUGUAGAAAUGUUUGUAAUAAAAAAAUUCCUCAUACUAAACCUGGUAGUAGUGAUAGCAGCCAAUCACAACAAUCCAAUGCGGUCAAUAUAACAACGGUCAUUAAUUUACAUAACAAAAUCAAUAACACCAAUCAAAUUGAUAUUCCUGUUAACGUAAAUAGCACUAAUUAUAAUAACUUUACGAUCGAUGCUGCUAAUGAGUAUGACGGUUACUAUGGAGGAGGACAAACUUCAGGACAAAUUGUGCUACCACAACCACCGCAUCCACAACAGCCACAACCACAACCACCGCAUCCACAGCCUCAUCCGCAACAACAAUCAUGUUGUCAAGUUGUUGGACCAAGACAAUGUACUCCACAAGCUCAAUAUCCAUAUACAAGAUGUUAUCAUUUAAGGAGAAAACAAUGUGGAAGCUUUUGUGCAUCAUCAAUAAUGCACGCCCAGCAACAUCAAGUUUGCGAACAAGCAAGUACUGGUCAACAAAGUUGCCAUAAUCAAUUAAUAUAUAUACCACAACCACAAACGAGGUGUGCGUAUCAACAAGCUUGGCCUUAUGUAACUUGCGGUAUUCCGCAACCGAAUUGUGAAGGUUGUUAUGGAACGUCAAACGAAGAAGUAAAUCAAGAAUGUCCACCGAGUUGCUUCCAAGAUGCAUUCGCUGGCGGACGAUACUUUUCACCUGGACCUGUAGGUGCAACACCUUUAAUCGCACCUAAUUUUGAAAAUUCUUAUUCAGUGAGGAGUAUUGAUCCAAAUGAAAUUGUUAGUUCAGAUCCGCAACCUAAGCGAGGUAAAGAAGAAGGAAGUUUACCUAUUAAUAUCAUCCAAGAUGGAAUUAAUAUUAAUGAUAUACCAUCAUCAUUUAUUCCACCACAUAUCCCAAUAAAUCAAUACGGUUCAUAUCCAUCGUUUCCACCAAUACCAUAUCCACCAUAUUCACCACCGUAUCCAGCACCGUAUCCUGCACCGUAUUCAGCCCCAUAUCCAUUCUGGCCACCACAACCUCCUUUUUCAGGACUUCCAAUUCCAGAAAUGCCUUUAAUUGCUGACAAUAAUAUUCAUAAUAAACGUGGAGCAAAUGAAAACACUGAAAAAAAUGAGGCUGAAGAUGAUGUUUCAGCUGAAGAGGAGGAAGACAAUAAAAUAGAAUAA